ACCCUAGCUAAAUCACAGCCAUUAGUCGAUUAGCCCAAGCCACCCCCCUCGCCUGAGUGCGUGCGCCCGCGGCCGCGCCUCCGCCUCUCGCUCUCUCCUCCCCUCCCGAUGGCGCUCCAGCUCCGCCGCCUCAUCCCGCACCGCUACGCCGGCCACGCCGCCUCCCUCGCCCUGCCGCCGCCGCCGGGGGCGCCUACGGCCAUGCUUCAAUUUGGUGUAUCUCAGAGAUGUUCUUACAACUUUAUGCCUUAUUCAUUAAGUAAUAAUUCAUCAAGGCAGCUGUCUUCAAUCGGCUCCCGUCUUCCCCUGCAGCUCAAAAGUGGUGCCUUUUUUACUACUGGGCUCAUGGGCAAUCCUAAUUUUGUAAGUCUGAGAGCUGCAUAUAGGCAUGGGAUUUCUUUGAGGGCGAACAAUAUUCGUAAUUCACGGUCCUUUUUGACCCUGCGCAACACAAAGGUAACUUUUCCCAUCAGAAACAAGUGCUUAUUUGGUAAUCCAAAUAUGCGAAAGGAAGAUGGGAGUGUUGCACACAGUAUGUUUCAUAGAUCUGAGAAAAGGAAAAGCACAUUGGCUGCUUGUGGCACCAUCACUGAUGAGGCUUCAACAUCAACUAGCAAACGCAGUAAGAGUGGUACUGGUACUAAAAAGACUACUACCCGGAGGAAAAGUCCAACAAGCAGAAAAAAGGAAGCUAGUGAAGAUAUGAAAGAAGAGAAGGCAUCUACUAAGAAACAGAGGAAAUCUGUUAAAACUAGUACAGCAGCAACAAAGAGCAGGAAAAUUGGGGUCAACCAAGAAGAAAGCAAGUCUGACAUUUCCAAAUCAAAAAAGGCUGCCGAUAGUUCUAAAGAGAAGAAGACAUCAAGCAGGUCGAAGAAAUCUUCAAAAGCGAAGGAAUCUGCUGCUUCUAACGCGACAGCUAAAGCUGAGAUUUGUACGAUGACCUCUGUUAGUGAGCAGAAGCCACUUGUUCCUCUUUACCCUCCCACAGCUAAAUCAGUUCUUGUUGUUGAAUCAGUAACAAAAGCAAAAGUAAUUCAAAAAUACCUCGGGGACAUGUAUGAAGUGUUACCUAGUUAUGGCCAUGUGAGAGAUUUAGCUGGAAGAUCAAAAUCUGUUCGUCCUGAUGAUGACUUCAGUAUGGUGUGGGAGGUUCCUGCUGCUGCCUGGACACAUCUUAAGAGCAUAAGAACGGCGUUAAAAGGGGCAGAAAAUUUGAUUCUUGCGUCUGAUCCUGACCGUGAAGGUGAAGCAAUUGCUUGGCACAUCAAAGAAAUGCUCGAACAGCAAGACGCAUUGGGUUCAAAAGUUACUGUUGCAAGAGUUGUCUUUCAUGAAAUAACAGAGGAUGCUGUUAAAAAGGCUUUAAUAUCUCCAAGAUAUAUUGAUAUGGACCUAGUGAAUGCCUAUCUAGCACGCCGUUCCCUUGAUUAUUUGAUUGGGUUUGGCAUAUCACCACUGUUAUGGAGGAAGCUACCUGGUUGCCAGUCAGCUGGACGAGUCCAAUCUGCGGCAUUGGCUCUUGUGUGUGAUCGAGAGGCUGAAAUAGAACAGUUUGAUCCGCAGGAGUACUGGACUGUUGAUACGGACUUCAAAACCCAACAUUCUGGCCCUUCAAAUGGCCUUAACCUUCAAUCCCGGAUAAAGCAUCUUAAUUCAAAAAAGUUGGAUCAGCUUUCUAUACGCUCUCAAGAAGAAGCACACAAUAUAGAAAAGAGGAUUUAUUCAUCCCAAUUUGAAGUAACAGGAAUUAAGAGAAGUAAAAUUAACAAGAAUCCUCCUAUGCCAUAUAUAACAUCCAGCCUUCAGCAGGACGCAGCAAACAAACUACAUUUUAGUGCUGGGUAUACCAUGAAGGUAGCCCAAAAGCUCUAUGAGGGGAUUAACCUUUCCUCUGAGGAAGCAACUGGGUUAAUUACAUACAUCCGAACAGAUGGUUUUCAUAUAUCUGAUGGAGCUGCAGAAGAUAUUCUUUCAUUAGUGAAGCAAAGGUAUGGUGAGGAAUAUGCUUCAGAGGGCAUUAGAAAAUACUUCAAGAAGGUGAAAAAUGCUCAAGAAGCGCAUGAAGCCAUAAGGCCGACCAGCAUAAGGAGGUUGCCAUCAUCUUUGGUCGGAGCACUUGAUGAUGAUUCUUUGAAACUGUAUACUCUAAUAUGGAAAAGAACUAUGGCUUGCCAGAUGGAAGCUUCUAGAACUGAUAUGAUUCAAGUUGAUAUUGGUAAUUCUGAAGGAGACAUGAUUUUUCAUUCAUCUGCAUCAAGGCUUGACUUCAAGGGAUACCAAGCUGUAUAUGAUGACACUGAAGCAAGUCCUUCCAGUUACAAUUCUGAGGUUGAUGCUGUUCACCAGGAUAACUUUGAGGCCUUGUCCAAAUUAGAGGUUAAGGACUUGGUGUCUCCAGUUAACGUUCAUCUUUCACAGCACUUUACUAAACCUCCAUCACGUUAUUCUGAGAGUGCAUUGAUUAAAAAGCUAGAAGAACUUGGAAUUGGAAGGCCAUCCACAUAUGCAUCUAUAAUGAAAGUAUUGCAGGAUCGUAAAUAUGUGACAAUAAAAAGUCGGGUUCUACACCCUGAAUUUCGUGGUCGGAUGGUCUCGGCGUUUCUUAUGCAUCAUUUCUCUGAAGUUGCAGAUCUCAGCUUUACUGCUAACAUGGAGACUGAGCUAGAUAAUGUCUCUGCUGGAUCAACUGAAUGGAAGGGCCUUCUGAAAGACUUUUGGGAACGAUUCAAUAAAUAUUGCGGCGAUGCUAGUCGCCUUGACGUCAGAAAGGUAGAAAGAAUGCUUGAAGAAAAAUUCGGUUCCAUCCUCUUUUCUGACCUAGACAAUGAUAGUAGGAUAUGCCCUAGUUGUUCUGAAGGAACCCUAAGAUUCAAAGUUAGUAGGUAUGGUGAGGGCUAUUUCAUAGGCUGUGAUCGACAUCCGAAAUGCAAGUACAUUGCUCGCACGUUAUCAGACGAUGACGAUGAAACUGAAGCAUCUGAUGAAACUCAAAGGACUUUCACACCUAGGUUACUUGGAGCGCUACCUGAUUCUGAUGAAAAGGUGUUUUUGAAACAAGGUCCUUAUGGCCACUACGUCCAGGUUGGAGAGGAUAGAAAGGGAGUAUCACCGAAAAGAGCUCCUCUUUCUGAGGUGAAAGAUAUUGACUCUAUCACUCUGAAAGAUGCAAUCGAGCUAUUGCAGUAUCCCAAAAUUCUGGGAAAACACCCUGAUGAUGAUCUUCCUGUACUUAUCACACAUUCUAAAGCUGGAUUUAGUAUCAGACACAGGAGAACUCUUGCUUCCUUGCCAAAGGGUCAAUUUGAGAAUUUCUUGAAAAUUGUAUAUGACAGAGUGCUGACCCAAAGAAGAUUACCCUCGAGCGUGCACUGAAGCUCUUGACUGGUAAAAACGUGAGAAUGUUUGGUCGUCCUAAGGGAAAAACGAAGAAAGAGGCAGAACCCCUUGAAUGGCAUUAACUGAGCACCUGUUCCCAAAACCAAACUACAACUUGCACACUGCGGGCAAACAGUAAGAGCAUUUGCCUUUAUAUCCAUCUACAACAAAAUUCAUCAUGGAUCAGGAUCAAGCUUGAUGAGAAGUUGAUGUUUGUUCUGUGCGCAAAAUUGCCAAUCCAUACAUGGCCAGCAAUUGUUUCUGAUCAGAGCCGAGGAUCCGGGGUGUGACAACGCAGCUCGUCGACAGGUGCAGGAAACCUUUUUGUAUGCAUCAUCUGUCUUGGUACAGCCACUGGAAUCUCCAUUUUGAGCAAGAGGUGGCAUCUUGCUGCCAUGAUCACGGUCACGGCUCCCAUCAAUUUUCAUUUUUGAUUCUUUUAUUAAAUAUUUUCUGCAGUUGUAUAGAGCACAAAAAAACUUGCCAGAUCAUACACCCAUAGCUUUUUUUUUUCUUUCAGUGGCAAGUGAACUCAAGCUGCAUGCUAAUGUCGUUACAAAGCAGUAUGUGUUAACCACAAAUUUUGCUUGUUCGCAAAUGUAUACCUUACUCUGUAGCCAGGGGGCAUAGUAGCAAGUAACUAAAAAAAAGAAUAAUUGGUUUUCUUCGAGUUAUAGUAUCAUCUGUUUAUUUA